GAUCCUCAUGGGAGGCAUAAACCCGAGAAAUAAUCCUUAUGUCAAACUCGUACACACACACACACACACACACACACACACACACACACACACACCCUCUUUCUUCUGAGACACACGCCGAGCACGCUACACACACAAACUUGGAAAUGCCAUCAACAGACCGGAUCUCUUGGCGUCACGGGAAGGAGGCGGGUGAAGGAAGGGCAGAAGGUCCAGAGGAGCCGGGCAUGUUCAAACAUAUCCAGGCGGACCAGCCUAUCAGCUAGUAGACACACAUACACACACACACACACACAUACAUAUACAGAGUGUAGUCAGUUCAGGCGAUUUGUCUUAUAGUCGUGCUGCAGAUUAUAUCAGAGCGUUUUCCAUCUUGUAUGCUCACUCUAACACCACAACUCAAAUAGGUAGGCUUCGGGAACUAAAAUCUCUCCUACAUGUGACACUGACAACAUCUGGAGCGUGGAUUUCAUGGAUUCAUCUUGAUAAAGUCUUGAUUGUCUCUUAAUUUGAGAUUCAACCCACUGCUGGAGACUGCGCGGCUCGGCGCGGCCAUGUCUCUCCCUGUCAAGGUGAUGCGGGACGGGCUGCUGGAGAAGCGCAGCAGCGGGCUCCUGCAGCUGUGGAAGAAGAAGCGCUGCGUGCUCACCGAGGAGGGCCUGCGCCUGCACAACUGCAAAGGCGGCGGCGAUGCCCAGAGCGCGGCGUGCGCCUCCAAAGCCAAGGAGCUCCGGUUCGAGCGCAUGGCCACCGUGGACUGCGUGGAGUACAAGAGAGGGCUGGUGUAUUUCACCGUGGUCAUGGCCACGGGCAAGGAAAUUGACUUUCGGUGUCCACAGGACGGCACGGCGUGGAACGCGGAGAUCGCCUUGGCGCUCGUGCGGUACAAGAACCUGAAGGCUGUGCAGACCGGAAGGAAGCGGCACCUGUCCUCGCCGCAUCUGGGCAGCAGCGGGGAGGAUGAGGCUCUCUGACAAGACCGGAUUGUUGCUUCCUGGGAGUGAACCAGUCAGAAUGGAGAGAGGAAGAAGCCACCGAAUCUAUCAGACUGAUUGUGUGGCGCACAGCAUUAUGGGACGUAUGAGACCAUCUCUGCAUAUGGAUUAAAGGACUGAAAGCAAGAGCCUCAGACACGCUUCUUGUCUUUCUAUAUGUUCUUGUAACGCCUUCAUGCAAAUUUGAGAAAUCCGGUGUAAUCGUGGAUUUAAGGUGGUUGUUCCACCUUGUUGAUUUUUCCAAUCGUUGCCUUUGAAGUCAAUGUUCAGAACAGUAAAGAUUAUUUGGACAGAAAAUGUGCGCUUGGGAGCUGGAUACUGUUCAAGUGCCUUGAUGUUUCAAAAAAUAUCUCCUUUUCUGGACCAAAUUUCUGAGCUCCUGGAACACUUCAGCAGCAUAUCUUUAACAGGAACUGAAAGAGGAGGAAACUGUAUUAUUUUUGAUGGAAAUAUUUCACCUACUUGACUUGCUUUGAGUGUUUUCGCUCAUAGACUGAACAGCUAUGCAUGUCUUCUAAAGUUUACAUAGGAAAAAAACAUUCUGUUUAUAUUCACUGUACUCAAUAUUUCUUGAAAUUCAGACCAUGUGCAGUAUUACCGUACCAAAAAAAACAUUAAAAAAAUGUACUUUGUCAGCCCUAGUCUGCAUUCUCAUGUGGUGGCGUUAAGUCAGUCCUGAGAUGUUUCACUCGAGUUUCUUUUUCCUAAGAAUGCUUGUGUUUCUUUACAGAGAGAAUGUCAGAAAUACUGCAGCAUAAAAUGUCUAUAAAAAUCUAAAUGGUGAGCUGCAAAUUAUUUUAGUUUCAGACUGUUCAUGGCGAGCUGCAUCUGGAUCCAAUUUGUGGUUUAACCUUGCUGUUACAGCCUCUGGAAAAGACACACACCGUGGCAGCGCUCUCCUGCUCUUGCGUGUUUGUGCUGUGCACUCAGGACGCCUUUUGUUCUCUGUGCUGUUGAAGACUAAUGAGAAGUGCAAUGAGCCUAAGGCAUUUGCACACAAACAUCCACCCACGCGCAUUCACGUACAGAAACUUACGUGCACACCCUACACAACAUUCAUCAAGGUCUCAGCAUCAGAAGACUCUAAUUAGCGAAGCUUUGCGCGUAUUUCUCCGUCGAGCAUGUUUUCUAUGUGCCAGUGUGUG